GCCACUGUUGGCUGAGUAGCGGCCAUUACCUCCACACAAUAGCUGCAGUAGUAAUGAAUUAACUCACCCCAUACUUUGUCUCUCUCCCUUUCUUUCUCUUUUCUACUACCACCAGAUGAUAAUGCUGGACAUCAAGCCGGCGGUGAGGAACCAGAUUAUGAGGGAACUGAAGGUCCUCCACGAGUGCAACUCCCCAUACAUCGUGGGGUUCUACGGCUCGUUUUGCGCCAACAACGAGAUCUCCAUCUGUAUGCAACACAUGAACGGCGGAAGUCUGGAUCUCAUUCUGGGGGCGGGGCGCAUUCCAGUUGACAUGAUUGCCUGCAUUACGAGAGCAGUUCUGAAAGGACUCCAGUAUCUUAGAGAGACCCACAAAAUCAUCCACAGAGAUGUGAAGCCGUCCAAUAUUCUAGUCAAUUCUCUCGGGGAAAUGAAACUGUGUGACUUUGGAGUGAGUGGGCAGCUCAUUGACUCCAUGGCCAACUCCUUUGUUGGAACUCGAUCCUACAUGGCAACGUUCUAUUUAGUGCCCCACUCCACCUCCCCUGCCAGCCGGAGAGACUCCAGGGAACAGUCUACUCCAUUCUCUCCGACAUUUGGAGUCUCGGAGUAUCCCUGGUGGAGAUGGCUCUCGGUCGUUACCCCAUACCCCAGCCCCCAGAGUCGGAGUUGGAGGAAGAGAUGGCGCAACCGCCGGCCUGCUGGGACUCUGCCUCCUCGUCCCAGGGGGAACCCCUUUGCCUCACAUGCUAAUGCCAUUCGCAUGCCCAUAUUUGAGCUGCUGCAAAUCAUCUGCUCCAAUGAUCCACCACAGCUGUCUCCAAAGUACUUUUCUGAUGAAUUCAGGCAGUUUGUUGAGCUCUGCUUACAAAAAGAGCCAAAGAGAAGAGGCGACCUAAAGACGCUGUUGAACCACCCAUUCUGUGCCAGUGCUGCGAGUCUGUCAGUGGCAGAGUUUCGAUCCUGGAUCAGCAGAACCAUUGAGGCCAAUCAGUUCUACAAGAAGGAUGCCAAGCCAGCGGAGGACACUGUCGCCUGACGCUCACUGCUAGCCACAGCAGCAGCUCUCCACUGGACAAGUUUAGAGACUGCACCCUCCCUUUCUCUCUCUCCCACAUUUGCUUGCUGACGUGCACGUGUUUUUCUAUCUCAAAAUUGCAGUGCAACUUGUACAGUUU